UAAGCUCAAGACUACGUCGUCCUCAACAGACCCGCUGCUUCCCCAUCUUGAUUCUUGACCACCAUGGACGCACCUUCCACCUCAGCAGCAGCCCUCAAGCUUGAAAUAGCUCGUCUUUCAGGUGUUAUCAACCGCCACAAGACUGGAGAACAUCAUCCGCAAUCGCGGCCGACGGUUCGGCCUACAGCACACCCUAGGAGCAACGUCUAUGUCAAUCCGAGCUACAAACCAGCCAGCAAGACCGCUCGUCCCCAAAACGCGCCCCCGCCGCGCUCGCAAGCCGCGGAGAGACCGUCUAACGCGCAGAAACAUGAUGUUGUCAUCGGAGGGGUCGCCUUCGAGGCAUCGGGGCGGAGCUUAGUUCGUAAAGACUUGGCCAAGCCGACAACAAGCGCACCCGGGCGGCCCAUCUCAGCCAAGGCCGCUUUCAUCAGAGACAAGAACGGCACCAUGAUCAAUGCCAAUCGUACAUACAAGCCUAAAACGUCGCGCCGGAUGCACUCCUCUGGUCGUAACAUGACUCUCAACAACAUGAGGAGACCUUAUCAGUCAGUCCCAUUUGUGCGUACGCUCUUGCCAGUUCAAACUUACUGGCUCCCCAGGAAUCGCCGCGUAUCCAACAAGCGAAAGUCCCUGAACAAGCCCUGCCCUCGUUUCACUACUACAGGUGCCUGCAAUCGCGGCUUGACAUGCAUGUACCAGCACGAUCCCUCCAAGAUCGCCAUCUGCUGGCCGUUCCUGCAGGGCAACUGCCCCAACACAGCUGAGACCUGCCCACUUUCGCACGACCCGACUCCGGAACGCACACCGCUCUGCGUGCACUUCGCGAACAACGGCCGGUGCACGCGGCCAAACUGCCCGUUCCCGCAUGUCCGCGUCGGCCAACGUGGCGGCGUCUGCCGAGACUUUGCGGUACUCGGCUACUGCGAGAAGGGCCUUGACUGCGACAAGCAACACGUCCGUGAAUGCCCCGACUUCGCGGAGAAGGGCGCCUGCACGACUAAGGGCUGCAAACUACCCCAUGUCAUCCGCGCCAACCGUGCUCGCAAGAUUGAUACUAAUAGCACGGAUGCCUCUGCUGGACAGAGCUCCGCCACUGCUUCUGCUUCUUCUGUUGAGCCUGAUGCUGGUUCUGAUACUUCCAGUCCUCAUCCGGUGACUGCAGAAGAUGCACAGCUAGGCGAUGAGUUCAUCUCACUUACGUUCCACGAGAGCGAUAGCGAAGAUGACGAGGACGAGGAAGAGAGCGAAGGAGAUGAAGAGGACGAUGAUGAAGAGGGUGACGAGCAAUCAGAACCCCGCUCAGAGCCGUCACCGAGUGUUGAAGGUGUCUAAGUUACGGAACUUCUUGUGUAGUAGACAUACCCCAGUGUAGCAUGCAUUCGCGUUGUGUUAUUGGACGAGUGUAAUACAUUUCCAUUGACGAUUUCAU